AUGUUCGACCUCCCAGACGCAAAGCGCGUACGUCGCGAGGAUCUACGGGACCGUCACUCAUCAUCCCGCUCCCCUUCUCCAGUCGAACGCAUCACUGCCACAUAUGCAGCAAACACUCUACGAGACAUAUUCUCAUCAAUAGAAACAUAUACUCCGCCUGACUUGAAAGAAUCGCGUCCCGCUGUUGAUUUGGAACAUAUCCAAGAUGAAGAGGAGGAACAGGAAUUCGAGUUUAGGCUUUUUCAUUCAGCAGCACUGCCUGCUAGAAAGGGCUCGACAGACCAGAAGCCAGGGGAUGGGGGGAAAAUUGCCAAUAGACCAGUUGAUGGUGUACAUAUGAGUCCUAAAGAGCACAAUGAAGCAGCAGACGCUGGUAUUCAAAGGUUUCGUAUCAGGCUACGAUCUCCAACACCUGCCGCGAGGGAUGAGAAGGGAGAGUUUGUGAUUCCGUUUCGGGGCUGGGAAUAUUACUUUUCAAACCCAGAAUGGAUUAAACGGAAAUCGGCGGUAAAGCAGGGAGAAGGGCAGAGGUUUGAGUUGGAUACGCCAGGGAGGGAGCGAUUCAUCGAUGCGGCAGUUAGUGGGAAAUCAAUAAUUGAACACUCGAAGAAUGGUCCAUGGCCCGGUUGCCAUCUUCCCUGGCGAGUCAUCCACCUAAAGACUAUUGCUCCAUCCAGAAAGAAGGAUAAAGGGCUCUCUGACCCUGCACAAGCGGCGAAUGCUACAUUGAUAAACAUGUCGUCCGCUGUAGAAAAGGUGCCCAAGUCUAAAAAAAAACCUGGCAAAAGGCGGCGAAUAGCCAUUCGACGGCGUCUAGCCACUGCCAAGAUAGCGGAAGAAGCGGACAGGGAAAAGCGGGCAAGGAGGAACCGGGAGAAGAAGAUUAAAAGGAGACAGAAAGAGAAGGAGAAGAAGGCUGCUCUUCGUGAGGCGGCUGGGGGUCAAGAGAAAACUAAGGACGGAGAUUCGGCGGAGGUUGAUACGAGUGAUUAG